AUGGAGCUAUUAGACCUUCAUUACGACUCAUUGGUAAAUUGGUUCGUCAGCCAUGGGAAACUUGAUAAUGACUGCAGAAGGUGCUUUAUAGGCAUGGAAUCUGAGACUAAGCAGUUGAUUGACGACAUUAAAUCAACUAGUGCCGCUGUCACAGAAUACAUAAACAAGUACUACGAUAAAGACGCCGUUUCUUACUAUCAUUUUACAAAAAUAAUUGAGAUUUUAGAGAAUGACGAAAGGGCUAAGCAGAAGAAUAUCUUGGGUCAAUGCACAUUUGAGCCUCUAUACAACUCUAGGAAAUUGUUGAGCAAGUAUAACAAGAAUAGACUGUAUUUGGUGGCAUAUGCUGAGAUACUGAAGAGAAACGUAAAAUAUUACAUACCCUUUUUAAGAUCUUCGAUUAAAAAUUCCCAGAAACAGAUAGACAAUUUGCUCAAAAAACAAGUGGAUAUCGCUGACCAAGUGGAUAAUUUGUACAAAAAACUCAAGGUCAGACUAUCAGAGUAUAAACUUAACAUUGAUAACUUUACAAGUCAAUCGUCUCGAGAUAAUUUGUUUGAUACUAUAAAAAUCAAUUACAUUUAUCUCGCAGAUGAAUAUCUAUCGCAAACGUUUUCAGAACUACUUGUGCUAAUUAAAAAUGACAUAUUUCCCAUCACCAAAAUGUUUACAGACGUUGUAAACGAGAGAAAUUUUGAUAAAAACCUUGUAGAUUUUACAAAUAUUACUCACCUAAUCAAUUUCGAUACUCCAAUAGAUUCCAACUUGGAUGUGUAUUUCCAAAUAAACAAGGAUAAAUUGUUGGGAGAAAUCAAAGAACUGUUGACCUUCAUCGUUCAGAUUAAGAGUCAGUAUGAAAUGUCAGUUUUGCCACAAAACAUUUUAAAAAUAUUCGCAGGCACAAACUUUGAAAAUUGUAUCAAUUCGCUCAACAAAUCAAUUGAGUUAAUGAACGGGCGCAAAACUAUUGAAAUGAUGCAAAUAAAGUGUAACCCAGAAUAUCGCAAUCAGUGUGCCAGUAAGGAGAUCGAUUUGUGGAACAAGUAUUUCAACAUUAAAGAUUUGGGAUACAAGACCAACAACAGGAUAAAAGAAAUGGGGGAUGAGGUGCAACAGUUAACUACUAAGUUGGAAAAAUUACGGGAUGAAACAAGAGAGAUUACCAAGGUUGUUGAAUCCGUAGCACAGGAAAUGACUGGACUGACUGUCAAAAUCAUAGGAACAAACAUCUAA